CAUAGACCACUCCCUUCCCUAAGCUUCCAAGUAACAAAGCUGUAAUCUUACGAGCUAGUCAUUCUCUUGUGUAUACGCUCCUUCAACUUCAAAUUUGAUACAGAUCACCUGCACCGGAAACUUGUGCCAUUCCUUCCUUACAAAUUGCACAAUGCGGGUCACUACCAUUCUCGGUUUUCUCUCUACAAUCAUUCCUUUCAGUUUCGCCAACACUCAUGGUAAUCACUGGGGCAGACGUCACCAAGAAGUUGCCAUCCGUGCCCGUGGUGAUGUGGAUGUCCUUAAGCGUUCCUUCGAUAACUCUCGGUUCACCUUCUAUGAUGUCGGCUUGGGUGCUUGCGGAGACACCAGUGCUCCCACUGACUUUAUCGUGGCGCUAAAUGUCGAUCAAUACGGCAGUGGAUAUCCUGGUCCAAUGUGCUUCAUGUCAAUCACGAUUUCUUAUGGUGGAAAAACAGCCCAGGCUGUUAUCAUGGAUGAGUGUAUGGGCUGCCCUUAUGGUGGACUUGACUUCUCUACCGGUCUUUUCGACUACUUUGCGGAUGCGUCGGAAGGUGUGAUCUACGGGUCAUGGUGGUUCAAUGACGGAACUGCUACUACGUCAACUAGCAGCUCAACCUGGACUCCUGAGCCUACCACCUCGACUCCAGCGACGACAUGGACUCCUGAUCCUACGACUUCGACUCCAACGCCGACACGGACACCCACUACAUCUUCAUAUACUUCCAGCACUCCGACUCCUACCACUCCGACUCCGACUCCGACUCCUACCACACCCACUCCCGCCACCACUCCCACCCCCUCGACCACCGCCACCACUCCCGCUUCGUCUGCUUCGGUCAAUUACAACUCAGGUGUGGGCAGUGGGAUUGCCGUCCCCACUGGGUCUGCUGUGGCUGCGCCAGACAGCGCCAACCCCCAAAAUCUUCUGGCCUUGAACCAAGCCGUGAUUGAGAUCGGGAUCAUGCUAGUAGCCGAAGAGAGCGGUAUUUAAGGUCGUGCACUGGAACAUCUCAUUUGGACACAGGACGCAGUGUCUAUCUUUAUUACAAUAUUUUACUCGGUUACUUCUUCACAUUUCACACAGCUCUUCUGCACGUUGAGCUCGUAGAUUUGUUGCAGUGCUGUUUAUACCCUUUCCCCUGAACAUUCCGUUGCAUAAAUAUGCUGACUCCGAACUUGCUAGUCAUAUGUUCUCGUGGUCAUAGAUAUUGUAAAAUUCAUGUUGUUUUUCUUCGAGUUGAACUCAAAUCAUGGA